UGUGUACAUUUUGGAAGCAGCAAAGCAAAACAGAACAUUGCCCAGCGGGCAGAAUAGACGUACCAGGAAUGAUGUAGGUAGUUGUGAUGUGUUGUAAGUGACGUUCCGUUUGGACUGGUUAUAUAGCUAGUGGUGAAUAAAAUUUAGUCGGCCGUCUCCGUCUGAUUGGCUGAUUGUGUAGUCGGUUAUCAACCGAUCGUUCGUCCCUUGAACGAUGAGUGCACAUCAUAACAUCAACGAAGAAGAGCCUAGGAUGUCUAGAUUGUUGAAAUUGGCUCAGAAAUUUAACUGUUUCUAUCUCAAUGGUCUGAUCAAGGGCGACUGUCGCCCGUUUGUCGUGGAUGGACAGCAAGUAGGAUUAAUCACCCAAAAUGUGUUGGAGCAAUUGUUUAAAUAUCCAGAAGUUUUCUUUAUUAGGACUGCCGAACCAGACAAGCAGAAUAUCGUCGAGUUAAAUCCAGCUUUCCGUGAUUAUAUCGAGCGGUCGGAGCAGGUCGACAGAGUACUGAAGGAGUUUCGUGCUCAGGGAGUUUUUAUAGCAUUAAAAGGAUGGCGCAACGAGUGCUUCGAUGUGAAAAGCACAACGGAGUCGCUGCUUAAGAUGGAACGUUCGGCCACUUGUCUCUUUGGUGUGCGUAACUAUGGGGUUGAAAUUAAUGGCUAUGUGCGCCAUCCCACCAAGGGACUCUGCAUUUGGCUACAGCAGCGUUCUGAUACUAAGCAAACGUGGCCUGGUAAAUGGGAUAACAUGGUCAGCGGAGGGCUAUCCGUAGGCUACGGAAUCUAUGAAACCGCAGUCAAGGAAGCUGCCGAAGAAGCGUCGAUUCCACCAAACUUAAUCAAGAAUCUUGUCUCGGCUGGAUGUGUUUCGUUCUUCUUUGAGAGUGAGAGAGGAAUCUUUCCGAACACAGAGUUUGUUUUUGAUCUAGAGCUGCCGGAAGACUUCGAGCCUGAUAAUAGCGAUGGCGAAGUACAGAAUUUCCGGCUGCUGCCGGCGAAAGAAUGUUUGGAGCAAGUUUUUGCUCCGGAUUUCAAAACAACGAGCUGCCCAGUGAUAAUCGAUUUUAUGAUUCGACACGGCAUUAUUACACCGGAGAAUGAGAGCAAUUUUACUCAGAUUGUCGAGCUUCUUCACGUUCCGCUUCAGUCACUGUAUACGUACAGAACAACGAAGGUUAAAAACCUCAAUAACGGAAAUAGUAUCAAGAAUGGGCGUGUCUAGCCCGGUAGAAAUAGUUACGUAAAUUGCAUUCAAUAGCCAAUAUAACAAAUACGAUUCAUUAGCUAUGCAUACCCAAAUUUGAGACGAUUUUAUUUAUAAAACAAAAGUGAUUGCAGAUGGGCUAUUUAAACCAAAACUUAAACUGUGCUAAGUAGAUGUUAACGUUUUCUAAAGCUAAUCAUCUUUCCAAUCUACUCUAUAGCGAGGCAGCAAAAAAGUUCAACACGUUUGCUUAUACAAUCUAUAUAAUCAAGUUCCGUUUUAGUGUGCGGGUUAUUUGUCAGUACGUGCGUAGUUGUAAUACAACAGAACAAUGUCUGGGUUUUGUUUUGUUUUUAAGAAUUUUAUAAACGGCAGUACUAUAUUAAAAGUUAAAAAUGGAAUGAGGCUAGUUCUAUAUAACCAGCGUAAAUGAUAACAGAAAGAAUCAUCAGUAGCCUCAGUACAUAAGUUUGUAUUUUUUAUUUCACUGUCAAGAAUAGUUUGUUUCGUCAAUUUAACACAAAAUGCAUCACUGAAGUGUUGCACCGGAAGGUUUAGGUUCAAUCCUAUGACAGAUGUAUUACAAUAUCCCACUUGAGACUACAAGAGAUAAUCAUAUUUAUUAUUUAUUUAUUGUGAAACGAUAUUUUAAACCCACUACACGCACUAGUUUACGUUACUGUGUAUACUGUUAUAGUUUGGUUUUAUUUAUGCGUGAGAAAUAAUAGCUAAGUAGUUGAUUUUAAUAUACUGUCCUUUAUGAACACAUCACAAUUUUUUUUGAGAAGGAAAUGCUGGCAUCUUCUGUUUUAUAUAUUCAAUACGUGUUUUCAAAGAUUAAAAACAACUUCAAGAAAAAUACAAAUAGCUCUGUUUGAAACUUUAA